AACCUCAUGCAGCUGUACAGCAGGCAAGGUUCUUUGCAAUCAUCUAGUGGCCUUGUUGUUCCAGAGUGCCCAUUACAGCAUGUUGCAGGUGAGAGCUGUACCACCACCUGUGGCCUGCACAAGCUCUCUGCAAACAUGGCAUCGACCAAGGACAAAGGGGAUCCAUGCAGAGCCGGUUCAGGACUUGGUUGUUAGGAAACCAAAGCCAUCCGCCAGGAGUGUAUGCAAAUCAACACUCUAUCAAGCAUACACAGGAUCCCUCCUUGACCCGCAAGUCUUGUCUCUUGGAAAAGGACUGAAAAGCCUCAGGCCGCAACCACUAAUAUCAUCAGUGCUGCAUGGCUUGUCUCAACUCACCAUGGUCGACUCCAGGUUCGGACCUGUGCCGCGAGGUUCACCCCUGUCCUACCAGUGUCCUCCUGUGGUCAAACACGGAAAUUACGUCCAACACCCAGAUGCACCAAAAUUCCCUAAACUACCUUUAGAGGGGUCAACAUUUUCCACUACCUUUCCGAACUUUGAACCAAACUCCCAACAGUUUCUCCAUUUGGACAGCUUAACUGUGACACACGAAGUGGCAGCUGAGAGAGAGGAGCAGACACGUGAGCAGUCUGAGUGCCCAUUAUGGCAAGCAUUACGUAAACCUAGAGUAACAGCUAGUAGGUUCUAUGAGGUUAGCCAUGUGAAAGGGCCGUCUUCUGGUCAGACCCUGGCAGGGCGGAUACUUAAGGGAGUACGCCAAACUCCCGCCAUGAAGAGGGGCCUUGAACGCGAGCCACAAGUGCUGGAACAAUAUUCAAAACAUUUCAAUGUAAAUGUCUCACGCUGUGGAUUUGUUAUCCAUCCCGACGCUCCUCACCUCGGGGCUAGCCCCGAUGCAGGGGUAUAUGACCCUAGUGCCAUUCUGUGUUUUGGGCUUGCUGAAGUUAAAUGCCCAGACAUCUCUAGCAUUUCUGAGGCAGGACAUGUAAAAAUGGUGAAUGGUCAGGCAAAACUGAAGCAGAAUCAUAAAUACCACUGGCAGGUUCAAGGUCAAUUGGCUGUAACUGGAUUGAGUUGGUGCGAUUUUGUAACAGACACUGAGGGAGACUUCACAGUCGAAAGAGUCUGGAGGGAUGAUGAAAUGAUAAAAGACAUGAAAAAGAAGGUGGACCUGUACUUCUUUGGUACAUAUAUGAAUGUGUAUCUACAGCAGAAAGUGAAAUUAACUGUAUGAA